UGUGUGUGUGUGUGUGUGUGUGUGUGUGCGUGUGUGCGUGUGCAUGUGUGUAUUACCACCUAAGCCAGGAAGGACUAGAAACAUGUAUAUAUAGUAUAAGAGUUAUUUGUAGAGCAAGAGACAGGUAUAUAUAGCAACAAAGCUUUUUAAUUUGACAGAACGCAUGGAACAAAAAAGUUUAAACCCAUGAUCCAUCCUUUACAUAUUUUUGAUUAAGGCUGUGGAAUUUAAAAUAUAUUGGCAAUAGCAGCGGUAUUUUGUGUUCAAGAGUCACAGUUAAUCAAUUAAAAGAAAAGAUAACAUAAGAAAAAAAACUAAGCGAAAGGGUUAACAAGGGAUCAAAAAAGCGAGAUAUCAGCCAAAAGUGGUGAGAAUGGACCAUCUGGGACAGAGUUCCCCAGCGCUCCUGGAUCUCAGAGCAGAGCAGAGGAGAAGUCAUAUUUAUUCACCAGAAAUAUUUCAGUUGUUGAGUCCUUUGAGAAUAGAGAACGCACGCAAGAGAGAGGAGUUACAGCCAACAAGAAGCUACUGAACUUCCUCCAUGCCUGAAUGAAAUUGAGAAGGAUUAAAAAAUCAGUUUUUGAGGGCUGUAACUGAAUAAACUAACCCAUGGAAAACCAGGUGGUAAUUCUCGCCGUGGGUCUGCUUAUGGGGCUCCUGAUAAUAUUGUGCGUUUGUAUCUUGGGGUAUUGCCUAUGGAGGAGAAAGGGGCAAAGUCAAUACCAAGAAUUUAUCUCAACCUUACCACUGUUCCCAGAAUGCACUGCUCCAGUGCUGCAGGUUUCUCAGGGCUCCCGGCCCAGGUGGUGCGAUGAGAUCCCCUUCACUGUCCCUCCGCGCUUUGAACCCAGAAGCCCUAGCGCUCUGGCGGGCCAGGGGCAGGUGAGGAGCGACCGGAUGGAGGCUGACGGCCAGAGGGACAUCUUGGCUCAUCGUGGAUCCCUUUGCGUCCGGAGCUGGUACCCCAUGGGGACCCUUCUGGAGGGCUUGUACCGGGGCCCCGCCCUGGAACAGGUGGCUCCGCCCCCCGGCCCCGCCCCGGCUCUGCUUCGCAGGGAGUACCGGCGGUGCAGUGAGCAGCUCACGGUGUCCCUGCUGCGCCUCGGCAACCUCCCGCCCUGUUUCCACGGCAACGUGACGCUGGUGGAGCUGCAGCUGCUGCCCGACGACCGGCGGCCCCGGCAGGCCAGGGCCCGGGGCCCGGGGCCCGACCCCGAGCUCGCCGAGUGUUUCGUCUUCCAGGUGUCUGCAGUGUGUGUGUCUGAGAGCACGCUCAGUGUGUGUGUGCUGAGCGUGGCGCCCCAGCGGAAGCGUCGUGUGGUGGGCCGGGUGCUGUACCCCCUGGAGGGCCAGCUGGGGGCGUCUGGCCGGGUGCUCUGGAGGGACCUGGAGACAGACACCUACUCACAGUGCUCAGAGCUGGGAGACGUGCAGGUCUCCAUGAACUACAGCCCGUCCCUCCGGCGGCUCACCCUGGGAGUGGUGAGGGCCCGCGGCCUGCAGCUGCUCAGCGACACAGGGGUGUUCUCUCAGGUGAGCCUGCAGAGACACACCCAGGUGGUGAAGACCAAGAGGAGCUCUGUGGUGAGCUGUGGUGGGGCCGACCCUCACCUCGACCACCGGAUGACCUUCAAACUGCCCCCCCAGCACCUGGACGAGGCCUGCGUGAGGCUGGAGUUGAAGCAGCCCGACCCCAUGAGUCCAGAGUGUGCAGCCGUGCUGGGGGUGGUCGUGUUGGGGCCCUUCAUGUACGCCAGAGGCCCCCAGCUGCAGCACUGGCUCGACAUGGUGAACCCCACACAGGAGCCCGUCAAACAAUGGCACGGCCUGGGCCGGUGCCUUUGACCCCCAGACAAACAGACACAGACACGGACAAACGCACACACACACUCACUGUCUGGCUGUGUGUCAGAGAGGAACUC